CCCCCUUUACCCUGAGCCUCUUUUAAAAUGAGCAAUCACCUUCUCCCAUCAGUGUUUGAAAAUGUCUUCACCUAGUCUUCUUGUCAUCAUCUGGUUUUCGUGUCAGGCGAGCGCAGUUAUAUUUCAGCAGUCUCCUUCACAGAUAGUGGAUAAGAAUCAAGAGGUCCAGAUAAACUGCAAGCAUGAUGAUAGCUCCCUUGUAAUAAUGUUCUGGUAUCAGCAAAGAAAGGAGAAUAUAUCCAUGACCCUCAUUGGCUUUGGAUAUUAUCAACAGUCCCAAAAUUAUGAGGGUCAAUUUAAAGAACAAUUUACCCUCACGAGGAGCAGCACAGUAGAAGGAACUCUGACAAUAAAAAACACAGACGUGUCGCACUCGGCUGUUUAUUUCUGCGCUGCCAGCACACAUUCCUCAGGUCUUUUCUAUAUGUUUGGGUGUAAAAGUUGUUUAGCACUGAAAAAGAGAACAAAGACAGACAGCAGCUUUCUAGAGCAGUUUUUUCUACAGCAGUUUAUCAGUGUGAACAACUACGACCCUGCUUACUUUGGCAGUGGCACCAAACUCACAGUACUGGAAGAAAACAGUAAAAUCACUACACCACAAGUAAAAAUACUGGAACCUUCAAAACAUGAGUGCAGAAACAGCAAAGACAAAAAAAGGAAGAAGACCCUCGUCUGUGUGGCCUCUGGUUUCUACCCUGACCAUGUCGAAGUGUAUUGGCAAGUGAAUGGGAAAAAUGUCACUGAUGGUGUGGCAACAGAUGAAGCUGCAGAGCGGAUUGAAACCCCCCCUGUAUCCUAUAGAAUCACAAGCAGGUUGAGAGUUUCUGCUAAAGAUUGGUACACGGAGGGAAAAAACUUUUCCUGCAUUGUCAGUUUCAACAAUGGAACGGGCACCACCAAACAUUUUGGUGAAAUAUCUGGUGUUGAAGAUAAAGAAGAUGGAGGCAUGGGAAGAGAGAAAUAUUUGAGGAUCACAAAUAAAGCCAAACUCUCCUACGCCGUUUUUAUCUUCAAGAGCUGCCUCUAUGGAGCCUUUGUUGGAUUUUUGGUCUGGAGGCUGCAGAGUUCACCAGGAAAACGUAAAAAAUAAGAGCUGAGCUGUGGACUGACCAAAGAUUUGGGACUUGGAUCAUUUAUGUUUUUUGUAAAUAAAAAUUAUAAAAGAUGCUGAUUUUAUUGCCACAACUUUGUGCGCUGCAGGCCAUUUGCAUAGAGGAAAAGAUGCAUGCAGGUCUAUGCAAAAAUGUUAAAUCUUCAUAUAGUAUUAAAGUAAGUUUGGCUAAUUUUAGUUUUGUUUUAUUGUGUUUAUGAAACACUGGCUGUAUUCUUGCUGAACAAUUUCCACUUAAUGCUUCAUUUUCAUAUCAAUAAACAUUUAUGAGAAGAUCUUUUCAGUCAUUUCUUUCCUUUUGACUUUGCCUUUUCCCCCUCUCUGCACCCACAUCUCACCUCACACAGAACAAGAUUUUUUCCAGCGAUAAAAUGCAUUCUUUCCUGUUUGCCGAUCAUGACUGUUUUCAGAGAAGUCAGUUCCUUUUCUUCCUACAUAAUAAUCAAGCAUCUCAACUCAGAAAAGCUUCAGAAGUUGGUUCAUUUUUGGUCAAAAAGAAAUUGAAAGGUGAUGUACAUUUUCUGAGAAACGUUGCUAUUUUAAAUACAUAAUGACCUUUUUAAAGUAGGCUGUUUUUCAUUGUUUCUGUUUUCACUUUGCACAUAUAAGUCAGUUUUAUUACAUUUUACAUUCUCUUUAUGUAAAAAGCUGUCAGUAGGAAACUAUAAGAAUGUGAGUGUACACGUAACAACAGUCAUCUGUGUACUAAAGAAGGUCAAAGCAAAAAAGUCAAACCAGGGCAUGAAACCCUGCAGAGGAGUAAAGUGCAACAGCAGAGGAGAGGAUGUGGUCACAGAGCAGCCUGCAGCUCGCUCUCUGUGCUGAGAAACGACGGAGGUGCAACCUUCCACUUUACCACAACCUCCGGCUCACAGUGUGCACCUGCAGCUUUGCACCGACCCCCCCGCUCUGCACAUCAAUGAGCAAACAGAUGGAAAAACUUCCAUUUCUGUGUUAACCAAAGCAAUAAAAUUACAACACAUACAACAGCUCUUAAGUCUGAUGUGGAACAGAUAUUUCUAUUUGAAUCUUUUUAGUUGGAGCAGAUAAGAAAUGUAAAGUUAAUUGUGCUGCUGUCAAAUGGCAACUAUUUUUUAAUGCAUGCUUAAGCAAUGAAAAAAAAAAACCCACUGAGGGUGUUUGAGUGAAGGCAGUUACACAAUAGCUUUUGUCGAAACCGUUCACUACAUCUUGUUUUUCUUGUCAGUGCCCCGGUGAGAUGAAGAAUGUGUUCUACUUUCCUCAUUUGCUUCCUUUAAAAACAUGUUUGCGGUUGCUCCUGUCAGAUAAACAGAAAAUAACAUCUGUGAGGCAGCAACGGAAAUAUGGAGCUAUAAACACGUGCAAGAUAAUUAUAGCUCCUUUGGGAAACCUUGAUCUUUAUAGGUGGAAAUUUUCCAUAUCUUUCAUAAUUUAAAUGUAAAUAUUUAUGAUUUUAGAAUAACAGAGCAAAGAUAAUGCAUUCCAAAAGCUAUACAAUAACUUAAUAAUCAACUGUAUUUGAAGAUUCAAUUAAAAGAGAGAACUAUGCAAUCUAAAGUAUAGUUAUUUUGGUCAUUUUUAUAAUGGCUGUAGAGAGCUCAAACGGAAACAUCCUGUAACAAAAGUAUUCAAACUGCAGAGUCUCAACUCUGACAAGGUAUUUUUGUUUUUGUGUGUUUUGUUUGUGUACAAAUAUUUUUCAGGUAACAAAGAAAUGACAAUAAGAAAGUUUCCUAGAACACUAUGGACACUAUGCAUUAUUAUUGUUUUUUCUAUCACAUUUACCAAGAGAGGUAACUCAUAGGAUAAUGUUUGUUACAUAAAACUAAAGGUGAAACAAAAAUAAUAAAAAAACAGACGCUAACUCACUUCAGCAAACACACAAACAAGAUGCUGCAUCCUCAUGUUCAGUUCCAAGCAGGGACUCUGCAAAACUCUUGAGGCACCCUUCUUUAUAUUUUCCUAAGAAAAUGGGAAAUAGGUGCAGACAUUUAUUGAAACAUGCAAACAUAGAGCAGAGCCAGGCUUAGGGAGGGAAAGCCUAGCAAAGUGCUCUGGGGCCAAUAUGGAACUAGGACCCCUUUAAGAUAUGAUGGGCUUGAUUUUUCCUUCACCUUAUAUGUGAAGAAAAGAAUUUCAAAUUAAAUUCAGGAUUUAACACUGAGCCAAUGAAGAGAAGCUAAUAUGGGAGUAAAAUUAUCUUUCUCAUCCCUCAUUGCAGCAAGAGCACUAAAAUUACGAAGCAAAAAUUAUUCUAAAAAGUGUGGCAGCGUGUUUGGGAUUGUUGGGUUGUUAAUGCUGAAAAAUGAAUCUGUUUCCAAUAGUAUGUGCUCCAAAUGGUGAUGAAAAGCAGACUAAAAUCUGACAGUAGUUUUCUAUGUUCUUCGUUCUUUCAAUUUUGACAAGAUCUCCAACACACAGUUUCAAUAAGAAAUCAUAUAGAGAGAUAAGAUAGAUUUUCCACACUGGGGAAAUUCUAUGCUUUUGAACAGUCUGAUUGUAUCUUUAUACAUUUAUUACUAUCUAAAAUUGUUUCAUUCAUCCCUUGAGUUAGGUAUCUUUUUGUGCAUGAAUGACUCAGGUGUUUAGUGGUGUUAAAAACAAAAAUAUGUUGACGGAGGCUCAAUCAUCCAGGUAAGGAAAUCCCAAAAAGGUUAAUUCUGUUCAUCUGGAUGUAGCAUUUUCAGUUGUUUUCAUCCAAGCGACUGAAGAAAUGUUUCUCCAACUGAGAACGCUACGUCCAGAUGAAGAGUAUCAGUCUUUUUGAGAAAACCAAAAUAAUUCCUCUGAACCAGGACAAAGACAGGUACAAGGACUAGACUGAAAAUAAGUAAUGAGAGAAAGCAGCUAAAGUUGAGCCAAUGUUCAACAAACUAGAAAAGAAUUGGGAACUAUUGUUCAAGACAACAAAAAUGCAAACAGAGGGGUGGUCUUAGACUUCUGCACAUCACUGUAAACGAAAUCUUAGUUAUGCUGCAUGACCCCUUGUGGUACAAACUCAUGUUUUGUAUUCAGAGAUGCAAAAAUAGUGAAGAAGACAUCAUCGAUUCAAUUCAGUUAAUCUAUCAUACAUUAGAAGCAGCACAUUAGAAGCAGCACAUUUAUUUUGUGUGGGUACUGAAGUUGUAUUACAGUAUUUAGGAUUUGAAUAGCUCUCUGCUUGAGAGGGUGAAAUUGCAACAGUUACAUCUGUUACACUUCAUCCAA